AUGGCACAGUUUGAUUCUAUGGGUGACAAGGACUCAUUGGAUAUUCAUGACAAUCCUCCUGCACCAGACAAUGUGGUGAUAGAGGAAGAUCAUACAGUGUAUUUUAUUUAUGAUGAAGAGGUUGAAGAGGAGGAAAAGGAUGAACCUCCACCUUCAGAACCGAUUCAACCAGUAAACGACAGACCACACAAGUUUAAAGAUCACUACUGCAAGAAGCCCAAGUUCUGUGAUGUGUGUGCCAGGAUGAUCGUGCUCAAUAAUAAAUUUGCUCUGCGGUGUAAGGACUGUAAGAGUAGCAUCCAUCAUCAGUGUGUGACUUAUGUGCAGUUUCAGCGCUGCUUCGGCAAAAUACCUCCAGGUUUCAGACGAGCGUAUAGUUGUCCUCUCUACAGCGCUCAACAAAACACCACAGUUAAAGAACUGCUUCCCUUCUCUCAAACAAACCGCACUGAUCCCGUGUACGAGACGCUGCGUAUCGGCGUCAUCAUGGCCAAUAAAGAGAGGAAGAAGACUUCAGAAGACAAAAAACACAUGAUGAUGAUGAUGAUGGAGGAAGAGGAGUCACAGCCGAAACCAGAUGAGGGCACCGGAGAGCGAGAAGGGGAGAAGAAAGAGAAAGCAACAGAUGAUAAGAAUAAAAAGCCUCAGCCGGGCAAACUGGGCGUCUUCUCUCAAUCUCAUUAUUAUCUCGCUCUCUAUCGUUUCAAAGCCAUAGAGAAAGAUGAUCUAGAUGUGCAUCCAGGUGAUCGAAUCACAGUAAUAGACGACUCCAAUGAAGAGUGGUGGAGAGGGAAGAUUGGGGACAGGUCUGGCUUUGUGCCGGCAAAUUACAUCAUCCGGGUGCGCUCAGGAGAGACUGUGUACAAGGUCACAAGAUCCUUUGUUGGAAACCGAGAAAUGGGCCAAAUAACACUGAAAAAAGACCAGAUUGUAGUGAAGAAGGGAGAAGAAGUGAAUGGAUAUUUAAAGGUCAGCACUGGACGUAAGCUGGGCUUCUUCCCUUCUGACAUCUUACUGGAGAUCUGAAUGAGUCUGAGUUUAUUCACGAGCUCCAGAUCAUUCAUGAAUAUUCAAAUACAGAGUACAGAAACUCUGUCAGUCAUUUAUGAAUUAUAUUCGGUUCUUAAAACUGUAGGAGAUGUGGUGUGUUUUAUUAUAGCAUUCAUGUUUCUAACACAC